AAAUUUUUUCCGCUUCAUCAAGUUUCCCUCGCAGCGAAUGUCUCGGAAUAUGUUGUCACGGUCUAGCUACGUUCUCAUGCCACUGCCAAAUUUCUCUCAAAAACGGAUGUGGAUGCUGAAGACAUUGACUAAUUUCCCCGAGAUGAAAAUCUUGUCAUCAGACUCCCGGCCCAAACGUGACCGCCAUUGAACAUACUGUAAGGAGCCGAGUCCGACACUUUCUUCAUUUCUCCUCGAAGGGAUGGGAAAUCGGGGAUUUUGCGGGACAUUUGAAAGUUCUGUCCCUCGACUUAGAUGGUUCUGGCUUUCCCAUGGCUUCUGCUUUGUGGGUGGUUGUUUUUCCUUCCUGACAAGCAUGGCUGUCGGUGCACUCUCGUAGAUUGGUCCGUCUGAAGCGACUGCGUCCUGUUGACUGGUAUGGGCACCUCGCUAAAGGAGUUCAUCAAGGAGGAAGUGCCCGAUUGGGACGACGACGUCCUGUCGGCCGCGCGCUUCAAGGCAUUCAGCGGCCAAAGAUCAGAUUGGGAGACGAAAUAUUGGUUCUGGAGGGAUUUGAUCAUCAAAGUUGCUCGGCAUCUCGGCGUCACCGUCAUUCAUGCGUCGGAGCUCAGGAAAAAUUGGUUUGUCAGAAAUGGACUGACGCCUCUGUGUAUGGAUCGUGUUUUGCUUGAAAUGUACAAUGAUGGGGAUAUUUUAAGGAUUGGUGAUUUGAAGGAUCCAUCCGGUGGGACCUUCUACGGGUUGUUUAAAAGAGCAUUAAACUUGGUUGGUGCUAAAAGAUCAGCUGAAAUUUUUGAGGAGCGGCUUAUCCUGUCCACCCUGGUUAAGGAACGAGCAGCUGAAAUCAUCAAGUCCUUAUCUGAAACCAAUUGGACUUCAUGCUGUGUUAUCACUAUGGGAAAGUUUAGAAGUCUCUGCAGGGGAGCUGACGAAACAACUGCAAUUUUUAGUUAUUUGUAUGAGUCAGCACAAGCGUGUUACCUAAUAAUCACUAAAGGGGAACGUAUCGAGGGUAUGAAGCUGUCCCUUUUGCCUCAACCUGUUCCUACUGCUACAAGACUUGAUUAUGACAAUUUGCACUUGGUCUGCACCCUUGAAAGGCUACAACAACAACUUGAUGUAAUUAAUAACCGUUAUAGAAAGUCGAAAGAGGCAGCUAUAGCAUCACUGAAGUGUGGAAACAGACAGGAUGCUCAAAGGCAUGUUAGGCAUUUAAAGUUGGCUACAGGUAGCAGAAGCAAAUGUAUAUCGCUAUUGAACAGGGUUGAAGAGGUCCUUGGAGUUAUAGCCGAUGCUGAAGCUACAAAGAAGGCUACCGAAGCAAUUCAAAUUGGCGCUCGAGCCAUCAGGGAAAAUGGUAUAAGUGUUGAAGAAGUUCAUCUUUGCCUCCAAGAGCUCAGUGAGAGCAUAGAUUUGCAAAAGCAAGCUGAAGAAAUGCUUGCAUCAUCACCAUUUCCAAUCCUUGACGUGGAUAUGGAUGAUGAAGAAAUGGAAGAAGAAUUUAAAAAAUUGGAAGCAGAGCUUGGAGAAGGUGUCAGGCCAGCUCAGAUGGAUGAAGCAGUUAGUGCCAGAGUGCAGCGUGCGAAGAAUGAAGAAUUAGUUGACUCGCUUGGUAAUGCUCUGUCUAGAGUUACACUUGAACCUGCUUAAACUCCUGACCUAGCCGUUCCAGCUCUGUGCAUGUGAAACCAUUAAAUUUUGUGUUAUAAGAAGAAAUAUUCUUGCAUAUUUCUGGAA